GUCGUGGGCGUAGCGGCUCCUUGUAAUGGCGACCGUGCCGUAGAUGUGCCUAGGUUUGUGAAAAUGAAGCGAAGAAGAAGUUAUUUCUUUUAAGUAAAACGCCGAGGUUCCCCGGAGGAGGACUUUGCGUCUACAACCAUCAUCUUUACAAGUGGUAAACUUAGCUGUACUUUUGAACUUUUGUGCGCUUUUGAAAUGAUGAAGCUCAAGUCAAACCAAACCCGGACGUACGACGGGGAUGGCUACAAGAAGCGGGCCGCCUGUCUGUGCUUCAGGAGCGAAACCGAGGAAGAGGUGCUGUUGGUGAGCAGUAGUCGACAUCCUGACAAGUGGAUAGUUCCUGGAGGGGGAAUGGAGCCUGAGGAGGAGCCCAGUGUUGCUGCAGCUCGAGAAGUGUGUGAAGAGGCCGGUGUGAAGGGGACUUUAGGGCGCUUAGUUGGAGUAUUUGAGAACCAGGAGAGGAAACACAGAACCUACGUCUACGUUCUUAUUGUAACGGAGCUGCUGGAGGACUGGGAGGACUCGGUCAACAUUGGGAGACAAAGGGAAUGGUUUAAAAUAGACGAUGCCAUACGAGUGUUGCAGUGUCACAAGCCCGUGCAGGCCACCUACUUCGAGGCUCUCCAGGAGAGUUGCCUGACCAGUAAUGGAACACCUUUGGUGACCACGAUAGGUGGGGACCUCUCCCCUACCUACAGCAUCAAUCAGAGCUCUGUCUCGGGUAUCAGAUAACUAAAACCCUAACUGACAUCUCCGGGAGCUUUCGCCACCACUUGCGCUCUUACUUGUGUCAUCUCUCUUCUCCUCUGUUCUUUUCUCUUCUGUCUCAAUAACAUGGUUUGCCUUGCCAACUCAUUUGUGCCAGAACUGCGGCACAGACUUGAUGACAAGUGUUGGGUGAAUAGUCUGAAACACUUUGUAAAUGUAAAUGUAAUUUUUGAACCCCUGUUUUUUUUUUUUCUUCUUCUUUUUACUGACCACUGCAUGAAAUGUCCCCUCACUCUCUUUCCUUAACUCGCCCUUAGCGUGGUGUUUAUUGAAUGCAAGAACUACUUUUUACUGUUGUAAUGUAAAAGUGUAUACUUAGUGCUUAAGCUGAAGGCUUUUGGUGGUCUUUUUUAAAGUCUCCUCUAUUUUUCAGUUAUUUCUCUGUGAAUGAAUGUGCCCAUUAGUGUACUCCCUCCCCAUGUUCAUAAGGAUAGGAAAUGUUGUCUGUAUCUGAAUGAACAGAAUUGUGGGAAGAGACUUGUCUUGCAUGAGCACUGUUAUGUUGUGUCUCGCUCGCUUGAGUGACCUGAUGCUGACUGUAACAGACUUGUGGUAAGGUCUUUUGAAAUCUCUUCAUUUUGCUCCUUAUCGUGGUUAUUGAUGUCUCUUAUUGGAAGAAUACGGCCCCUCGCUAGUCUUUCAGUGUCAAGUGUGUUUCUCUCUUAUUUGGGAAGCUAGCCAAGCACUACAGGUUUUACUCUCAAACAGAGCAUAUAUACUGUAACGAGAGUGAAAGAAUGUCAACAUACAAUGUCAAAUGAACCACCUUUCUCCUCAGUGUCUUUACCUCCUUUUAAGCCCGUUUGUUUUCUUUUUAAAUUGCUUUCUUGUGACUGACUACGAAGUCUUCCUCCACAUACUGAGAGGAGGAGGAGGAGGAGGAGGAGGAGGAGUAGGUUUAAAAAUCAUGGAUUUGUCAUUUCAAAAUGCAGCACAUAUCACUUAAGUUAUUAAAACCCAUUUCCAUAUUUUACUCCUCACAUUCAGUUUGGUUAAAAGCAAUUGUUUACACUGUGCUCGUGACGGCACAGGUGACUUUAGUGAGCACUCAUUAUGGUCAUGAUUUUUCUUUUUUCCCCCCCUCCUAUCCUUUAGUAUUUAAUCUGCAUCCCCCCCCCCGCCCCCCCCCCCCCCCCCAAAAAAAAACACCUGCUUGACAUCGAAAGUAAUUAAAUCUAUAAUGCUGAUGCAGAACAAACAAGCCUUGUACAGUUUGAGACCUCGUUUUUAACAUGUAAAAUGCUUUUGGAUACUAGUUUUUGUUUUUCUCUCUAACGUCUGGCAAAAGUCUCUUUAGCCGAGCUGCGUCGCUUGGCCUCGAUGUGGCGUGAGGCAGCUGGCUCAAUACUGUGAAACUGGAGGAGCUGUAGAUAGCAUGUUAGAGGUUUUUAUUGUAAAUUGUUUAUUUCUGUAUAGAUCAAAGGUGAGAGUACAAAUGACAAAACACCUCUUACACAUCUGUGAGUCCGAGACGUCGUUUCAACUGAGGCUGGAAGUACUGAUGGAACUUAUGGCGUUGGCUUUGGAGCUGACUUUUCUCUUGAGAUAGCUUAGAGUACAUCUGAGGCUGAAGAACAAGGAAUGUGGUUUUUGGUGAGAAUAAAGAGCCUAUUUAUAAUCCAAUAUUCUCAAAAUCCUUUUUUUUUUUUUUCUACAACAAAUUUGAAUAACUAGUAAGGCUUUAGUCUGAGUUUACAAACCACUACUUAGUUUAGAAAUAAAGCAGACCUGCAGCUGUUCCACUUAUCCCCAGUGUCUUUUCUCAUAGAGGGUUUAUUUAAUUGGACUUUAACAUGAUGCUUUGGUCUUCUGUCCACAUUUAAAUGUGAGUAACCAGGUUAGCCAGAUGCUACAUGUGUCUGCGCUCUCGUGUUAGGCAGGUACCGCACAAUUGGUUUUUAUAAGCUUUUUGUUUUAUGGUAUGAGAGUGAACUAAAACAUCAAAGUUGUGAACCAUAAAAUCAAAAACAAAGGCUGAAGGAUGGUUAAUCGUUCUGUGAAGCUGAGGGGGAACUGUUUUCGCUUGAUCGACCGCUUUCAUAACGGGAACCACUGUUAAUAUAGAAACAUUGAUUAUACCAGCAGAGGAAAGUUUAUGGAUCAUAACUUUAACUUCUCUGUAUUAAAAUGACUCAAUGAGUACAUUGUCAGCACUCAAAAAAAAUACAGCUCUGAUUUAUGUUUUGAUCAUGAGCCCAUUGCUAAGACUCAUGGGAGCUGUAGUUUUUCCAAACUACAAAAAUAAGUGAACUGGUUUAAUCUUGGUUGAAAAAUAACUUUAUUGAUCCCUGAAGGGGAAACUCAAUUUAAAUAAGUUCCAAUUGUACUUUCCACUACAGUAGCAGCAACACAGUUAACACUGAAUAUGGGCAGAAAACUCCAGUAUCAUGAUUCAGCUGUCCAGAGACUGAAAAGAAUCCUUCAUGAGAAAUAACAAUUAGAAGCGAACGCUAGUGGCUCUAAAGUUAACUUGGAAAAGAAGCGGAACGUCUCUCGACAGUGACGGCAGUGGCAGUGGCGGACGUCCAUUUAUUCAUGGCCUUUUCUCCCAGUAGCACAACCCUGCCAGCAGAGCGAGCUUCAGACUACUUUUAUGAUCCCUGAAGGAGAAAUGUUUUUGUUUCUUCUGAAUUACAGUACAUGUGGAAAGAGUCUAAAGUGUCCAUCACGACUGAGUUUAUUGCUGUGUAUCAGAAAGGUGUGGUGGCCAAAGUCUUGCUUUAUGCCCUACCUGGCACUUCAUCAGAGAGUUCCUGUUUAUCUUAGUCUUCAUUGAAAUGUGCAAACGGAUGUUAAGGGGAUAAACCUGUAUAUGGCUUUCUUUUUUUUUUUAAUCUAAAACUGAGUGAUUUGGCAAUUUAAUUCACUGUUGGUGGUUGGAUGCGGGUGACAGGUACUGUCAAAAUGAAUGUGAGGAGGAUUUCCACAAGUAACAGCCAGUGACUUAAUUAUUAAUGACCACUUGUUCUUGAUCCAUAUAUAUAUAUAUAUAUAUAUAUAUAUAUAUUUUUUUUUUUCAGUUUGUUCUUUAAUCUGUUGUGUUAUUGACAAGCAAAUAUCUUGUAUAUAGUUAACACAGCACAGAUACAGCCAGACGAUGCACUUUGGUCAAUAAGGAUUUUUUUUUUUAACAACUCCCUUUUUACUCAAAAUUCAAGCACUUCCUGUCAUAAGUAAUGUGAUCUGGGCUGGAGGUCAUGAAGUACAUGUCUCCAUAUAAGCACGUUGGAGUUAAAGGUAUCUAACAAUCCUCCCUGGAGAUUUCUAUCACAAUUGGCUCUUUAUUAUGACAUUGAAGCUUCUGAACUUUGGGGGGGAAAAAACAAGACUGAAUUAUUAAAGAGAACAAUUACAUCUUCAGUUAAAGUCACUUCCUUUUUCAUUUAGCAAAGGGGACAGUUAAAACAGGUAUUGCCCCAUCUUGUGACCAAUUCAAAAGAAAUAUUAAAAGCACAUCACUUUGCAGCUGAGGAUUGUAACAUUCAGUUUCCUUUAGCACGGUCAGAUUGCUGUUUUCCGAACGACUAACUUUAAUUUGAAAUUGACGAACGCUGUUAAGAUUAGCACCAAAUAUUUGAAAUUGACAAAUUAAACACGCGUGCACCUGACCUCAGCCUUGAAGCCUACUCUUAAUUGUGUUUCAAGGUAUACGUGUCACUGGAAUUUCUUUUCCUCUCAUGUCAUUUGGGACUGUGGAAUAAAACCAGUGCGAGAAGACUGAAGAUUGUAAUAUAAAUGUGCCAACAAAUAAACACCAGUAUUUCACAUUCA